AUUUGGGCUUUCGGGUCAUGUCAGUAGUUCGGAUCAUACCGUAAAAAAAACCGAAACAUGGUAGUAAUCGAAUGAAUCGAAGUCGAAGGUUGUCGUGAGAAGAAGAAGAAUAGCUCAGCAUCUUCUCUAAUGGCAUCAGAUAACAACUCACCAUCUCUUGAGAUAUUAGUUCGACGGCCGGAAGAAUGCUCACUAUGGACUGGCCCACCAUUCGAGAACGGUCAACCGAAUAUCAAACUUGAUAAAGUUAUUUGCUUGAAUGCUAAAUUCAGUGAUGAUGGAUCUUUGCUUAUGGUGGUCAAAUCCAAUUCUGUCAUUACUAUAUAUGAUUGUAAGACUGCUAAAGAGAUUAGGUCUUUUCAAGUUCCUAAUCUUGUGGCGUCUGUUUUGUCGCCUCGCGGAACUUAUUUGCAAACCUUUCAAAAACCUUCCGGGCCGCAAGAUAAGAAUGUGACUUUAUGGAAGAUUGAGACUGGUGAUUCUAUUUAUCAACACUCUCAGAAGAAUAUGACAAGGGCCAAUUGGCCGGCAAUUCAAUUCAGCUCUGAUGAAGCUACUGCAUGCCGCGUGCCAACUAAUGAGGUGCAAUUUUUUGACACUGGGGAUUUUUCUAAAGGAGUUGUUUGUCGGUUAAGAGUUCCAGGAGUUGCUUCCGCUGAGCUUUCUAUUUCACCUGCUUCUCAUGUAGCUGCAUUUGUUCCGGAAUCCAAGGGGGUUCCUGCCAGUGUACAGAUAUUUGCUUGUGGAGAUGCUUCCCAAACUCAACCUAUGGCUCGACGGAGCUUUUUCCGAUGUUCUACAACCCAACUUAAAUGGAACCAUGGUUCAACUGGACUUCUAAUUGUGGUGCAGUCAGAUGUUGAUAAAACAAAUCAGAGUUACUAUGGAGAAUCAAAGUUAUACUACCUGACAACAGAUGGGGUGCAUGAAGGAUUAGUGCCUCUUCGGAAAGAGGGGCCUAUUCAUGAUGCUCAAUGGUCAAAUUCAGGCUCAGAGUUUGCUGUUGUGUAUGGGUUUAUGCCUGCCAAAGCAACUCUGUUUGACAAGAAGUGCAGACCUCUACUGGAGCUUGGAACUGGUCCUUACAACACUAUUCGAUGGAACCCAAAAGGGAAAUUUUUAUGUUUGGCUGGCUUCGGUAACUUGCCUGGUGAUAUGGUAUUUUGGGAUUACGUGGAAAGGAAACAGCUUGCAUCAACCAAAGCUGAAUGGUCUGUGUCAAGUGAAUGGUCUCCAGAUGGGUGCUAUUUCAUGACAGCAACAACAGCUCCAAGGCUUCAAGUUGAUAAUGGGAUCAAGAUUUUUCACUAUAAUGGGUCAUUGUACUUCAAGCAGAUGUUUGACAAGUUAUACCAGGCUGAUUGGAAACCAGAGUCACCAAGUAAGUUUGGUGACAUCACUGAACUAAUCAAGUCUCUAGACUCGAUAAAACUUGAAGAUAAAAAACCAUCAGGUCAAGGACCAAAACCAACCCAAGUUUCUACAAAAGCCUCUUCUGCCAACCCAACUGCACAAAAACCUGCUGCAUAUCGUCCACCACAUGCUAAGACUGCAGCUGCUAUUCAGGCAGAGGUACACAUUCACAGAACCAAUGAUCUGUUAAUUGUUUCUAUUCAAAGUUGUUAGGAGAGAGCUCGGCUGAGUCAUUGAGCAAGAAUGCUUUACGAAACAAGAAAAAGAGGGAGAAACAGAAGGAGAAAAAGGCUGCUGCAGACGCCAGUUCGUGAUUGCAUCAUGGUUCCCCCGGACUCAUUUUAUACACCUGUAUUUCUGCUAUCAAAUGCUUGAAAAUUUGAGGCUCAGCUUAAGUUUUCUAGAUUUAAUUGUAUCACUGUCCCCGGAAGCAAACUUUAGGCAGUUUUGUUUUGAUCGGAUUUUGAGAUGAUUAAAGUUGUGUUGGGUAUGUGCUUUCUCAGUUUUGUUCCAAUGGGGACAUGAGUGGGGAGAAGUGAAAUACUGAGCAGGUGGAUUACACCAACAUACACACAAAAAGAAGAAAGGAGUAAAAGUAAACUUUAUCCACCGAGCAUAUUUUAUGCAUGAUACUAUUAUAUUCAUGUGUUGAAUAACUUAAGCUCAGUUAUUGGGAUUGAACUCCGACUUUCUACCUUCAAAUUUAACGUCCAUGUAGCCGGUGGAUAAGUUUGAUGCCAUUUCGCCAUUAAUGUAUAAACUCUCAAUUUAUAGGGGUGUAUCUAAGGGAUUUUAAAAGACUUUUUUAUCAUGAAAAAGUCUUGUGGUAUUCAA